UUUACACCAACGGUCUGCGAGUAAGACUGAAGUAUCAUAAAACACUGCACUCGACGACCGCCAACUCGGAACUACAAACUUACUACAUCUUUCAACGGCUGCACCCCACUACUUCCCCGCGCUGACUGAUGGGUGACAUCUAAACACGCAAUCAACAAUCACAGCCAUGACACGGAUUAAUCAUGGAUCCACGCCAAUUAGAUAUUGAUGAAGUGCAUUCAAUAUUUCCAAGUAACAGAAAUACGAACACAUCCGAAAUAGGUUAUAUCUACAAAUAAUAAAAGUAUGACGAAUGAAUAUUACACAGAUAUAAACGCGCAUUUCCGAUUGGGAACGAAUCAAACCAAAUGUAGUUGUUCGAUUAGUGUAUUUUGAAUAAUUGGCACGAAUUCCAUUUAUAUAUAACUUCGCGUCUGAUUGGAGCUUAUUACCGGUGAUCACAUACAAACUUUGGCAAUAAGUACUAGUGAAAAUGUACAAAAGCGAUGUUCAUUUUCUCGCGCCCCGAAUUGCACAACCUCGGCCCUUAGUCGCGCACGUCCAUUUGUCACCGUGUCUCGGUUAUAGUUAUCGAACUCAAGACGUAAAUCUAUCAACAUGCCGCCAGUUAAAGUGCCUAACUAUAAUAAAUGGAACAGACCACCUACCGCAAUAUACGAAGAUAACUAUGGCUACGGGAUCAAUUUUUAUCAGCCAAUGAUCGACUACAUUAGUGCUAAAGAUCAGGGUGUCGCAACGAAGCCCCCCCACUUACCGUGGAACAACGAACGAGGAUUAGACAAAUACAGGUUUGACAAGCCCAUACAAACAUACUCUCCACACGACGUGUCGCGCAUUUCCCACGAAAUCGCUGAGCAAGCGAAGAAAGAUCUUAACACCUUUAACGUAGCCAAACGGUCACCUUUUUCCGUAGUUGCUACUGCAGCUGCAGCUAAUGUGACGAAACACGUUGGUGCAGAGAGUGUUACAACUAAGGUAGCAAAAAAGAAAGCAGACCGUGAAAAGUACAGGAUGGAGAGGCAAAAGAAGAGAAUGGCCGAAAUAGAGAAAGAGUUAGAUUUAUAUGAGAAAGAAGUCAACGUUGGCGCGGAGCUGAGAGGAAAAGCUAAAAUGUAUAGAGGUAAAUCAGCUAAAGCUAUUGCACAAACUCUUUUAGAAGAAAGUAGACGAAAUGUUGAAGAAGACCGCAACAGGAAGGUUUUUUCUGACGACAGAAAACUGAACAGGAUUGAAUUCCGCGGUAAGAGGAACGUGAUUGAUAAAAAUCUAUCGCAAAUCACGCAAAAUGUGGCCUCGCAAGUAAUGGCGCAGUCAAAGAUUUCAAGUGCAGCGGCGAAUAAACUAUCAGAUUCCAUGACUGAAACUAUACAUAGAGCAAUUCGGGAAACAUCGCCAACUACGUGCGUUGUGAGAAUUCAAACAGAAAUUCCGAUUAUAGACGAUUCAUAUGUGCAGAAAAUUAGCGAACUGAAACAAACGAUAAAGCAAUUCGAUGAAUUGAGUACUUGCUUGUUAAUAGAUUCGAGGUGA